CGCUCUUUAAUUUUUGUGAGGCAGCAUGCAGCACUUCCGAAACUAAGUGAUGUUCCAAGUUGAGCAAUUGUGUGUUUUUAUGCAGCAAUUUUUUGUGCAAUUUAACCUUGACAAUCAAGCAGAUGUUUUAUUCAGCAGACUGUAUCCAAUUCCUAUGUCUUCGAUAAUUUGCUAUGAAUAUUUUACCUCUCGGGAUAAAGUUCAUUAUCGCUUGUUUAUUUAUUGAGAUUGAAUCAAUCGCAAAUGAAGCCAAAUUGGACGAACCCUAUUAUGACGAUGUUUCACAAGAUAAAAAGAUAGAGUAUCAGUUUGCCCUUUCAAAUCGUAGCGAGUUUGUCAUUCGGAUACAUUUGGUCAAUUAUAAUCCAAACUUGGAUUAUCCCAUAUUAGUUGUAAUCAAACAAGUGCAUAAUGUGAUGUCAUUCCAGGUGCCAGUGGUUCUCAAUUCUAUACCAGCCUAUGGGAAUGUUAGUCGUACACUUUGUCCAAUUCAAGUUCCUCCCGGUGAAGUUCGAACACUCACAGUGGAAUUAUCUAACGCUAUGAGUCCGCCGAACAAGGUGCCGUAUAUGUUUCUAGCUGAAUUACUUCAUGAUUUUGAUCUACAACCAGGUGUAGAGAAAACUAUGCUGGUGUCACCUGCUGAACCUGUCUAUUUGAGAUAUAUGUACCCUGCGGAGAAGAAUUCAGCGGAAAUUAAAGUAGUUUCCAAAAGUGAUAUAUGCAUGGUACUGUCUAUUCAAAAACUUCAGUGUCCUGUUAGUGAUUUAUUUGAUACUGUGGGAAACACUGGAUUACAUCAAACCGUUACUACUCUUGGUGCAGUAUCUGCGGAUGCGACUCAAUUCCCCAGGGGAUUUUUUGUUGUCAUUGUCUUGAAGCCAACAGAUUAUGCUUGUUCUGGUAUGGAAAAAAUUAUUCCAGUGUCAGAUGAGGAAAGAGGUUCAUACAACUCACAAAUUCAUCUUCCUGGAUCACGAACGAAAUCUGUUCAAAUUAUGGUCAGAUCCACUCCUAGAAAAUGGCCUUAUUUAUUACCGAUACUUGGAGCUGUGGGUGUUUAUUUACUUUUCUACAUAGUCACGGUUAUUCUCAUUUUCUUAUAUCAAAGAGCAGAAAGACGAAAGCAAUUUUACAACGAGGAGAUCAUAAAUUUUGAAUGUGGUUCAACCUGUCCAACUGUUCAUUCCAUCGAUUCACCGAAUUCUGAUAUUGCUCAUCUCAAUACAACAAUAUCUUCAUCAGCUAUAGCAACUUGUUCAACAGUCUCGUCAAGUACAAUGAAUCCAAGAAUAUCAGCUACUUUGGUGAAAAGAAGACGUAGAUACGAUUAUGGAAGUACACUGAAUUCAUCAGAUAAUAAUAUUAUACAAAAUAAUCUUAAUAAUAAUAAUAAUAGUCUACAAAUUCAAUCCAUUCCCGUUGAUGAUGAAUCAGCUUCAUAUGAAAAUCAAGUAUUAUACGAUGCUCAGUCGAAAGUUUCAUUAGAAGAUUUGAAGAAGGCGGCGGCAGCAGUAGCUAAAAGUACAAAGAAUAAGAAAUCUACACGUUCAAAUGAUUCAACUGUUGCACAAAAUUCAUCUAACAGUAUUAGUAUAUUUAGACCAUCUCAUACUGGUAUCCAUCAUCAGAUAUUAAGUUUACCACAAGAUUAUCAGAGUAUUGCGUUAACUAAUUCAAUAGAAUCAAAUAUUUAUUGUCGUAAUUCUUCAGCUCAUCAAACUCCAGUCAGUGAAACACAAGGCUUUCAUGGUUGGUUUAGUUCAACUGAUGAAGAAGAGGAUGAUGUCAGUGGGAAUAAUGAAGUCGGAUUAAGAAGGCCAAAGAAACUGCCAGCAUGCAUUAAAAAUUCUAGCAGAAAAACAAUGUCAUCGAAUUUAGGAUAUUCUAAAAUGGUUGGUCAGGAGAAUCCGACAAUAUCACAGCAACCAACUGCUGUACACCCCUGUAAUAGUCAUAAUAAUAAUACUUACAACGUUAACAAUAAUAAUAAUAAUCGUGGAGGUAAAAAUGGUAAACAGCAAGGAGACUUAAAUGAAACCGCAAGUAAUAGUCUAACUGAAGAACCGAUUGAUAUGAACUCAGAACUUGUUCCCAUGUACAAAAUGAAUGUUUUGUUAUAUGUAUCUGAUCUCUCGAGAAAACGAUAUGGAACAUUAAAUAGGAAAUAUUUACUAUAUUUCUGGUAUUUAAUUAUUAUAUCGAUUUUCUAUGGGCUUCCUGCAGUCCAGUUGAUCAUGACAUAUCAGAAAGCUGUUUUUGAAACUGGCAAUGAAGAUUUGUGUUAUUACAAUUUUGAGUGUGCUCGUCCACUUGGUAUCUUCACAGCUUUCAAUAACAUCAUUUCAAAUAUUGGUUAUGUCAUGUUAGGAUUAUUAUUUCUAGGCCUUACUGCACGACGUGAUAUCCUUCACAGACGAACAAAAAAUUUGAAUCCUAAUUCUCAGGUAUUAGGUAUUCCACAACACUAUGGACUGUUCUAUGCGAUGGGUCUAGCAUUGACUAUGGAAGGACUGAUGAGUGCCUGCUAUCAUAUGUGCCCAAAUUUUUCAAAUUUUCAGUUUGAUACCGCCUAUAUGUAUAUACUUGCUAUGUUAAUUAUGCUGAAAAUUUAUCAAACAAGGCAUCCAGAUGUGAAUGCGUCAGCUCAUUCAGCCUAUAUGGUUAUGGCUGUUGUUAUUUUUCUUGGUGUUCUGGGUGUUUUGUAUGGUAAUCAAAUAUUUUGGAUUAUUUUCACUAUCUUCUUUUUGAUAAUGAGUGUUGUACUAACAGUUGAGAUUUAUUAUAUGGGCCAAUGGAAUAUUGAUCUUUGCCUACCAAGACGUAUCUAUCACCUAAUUCGUACAGAUGGAAUAAGUUGCUUCCGUCCAACAUACCUAGAGCGUAUGCUUCUUUUACUUAUUGCCAACUUAGUUAAUUUUACCUUAGCCGGUUAUGGUAUAGUUAGACGGCCAAGGGAUUUUUCUACCUUUUUACUAUCGAUUUUUAUGAUCAAUUUAUUGAUGUACACAUUCUUCUAUGUGAUUAUGAAAUUACGACAUCGUGAACGCUUUCAAAUGCUGUCUUUAGUGUAUAUCUUGUUAGCUUGUGUUUCUUGGGGCUGUGCAAUAUAUUUCUACUUAACACGAACAACUACAUGGGAGAAGUGGUUGGGAUCUUGAAAUGAAACAAUUCUGUGAAGAGUUCGACAUUCUAAAUUAGUCAGUGACUUAAUAUGGAUUUGAAUAUAUUCACGAUUGCUUGACGGAGAUGGGCUAUCCGAGUAGUUUCAUAAAGAAACAUAUGAAAACAUCAAAGAAAUUAAAACCUGAGACUCUGACUGCACGUAACUCCUGCUCGCUCUCGUGCACUUAAUCAACCCUGUGUUCUAUUGGAUUUCUACGAUGCCCAUGAUGUUUGGCACUUCUUAUCUUCCAUAUCUAUGUUCUUUUCAUUUAUGCUACUAAUGUAUCUUGAUGAUAAUCUAUCAAAGCGUCCAAGGAAUCAAAUUUUUGUUUUUUAAUUCAAAUAACACUGUGAAUUGUUAAUAAUAAUAUUGUUAAUAUUAUUAUUUUGUUCAAAUCCUCCUAUUCUAAAGUAUUAUAGUUAUUAGAUUACUUAACGAUCAAACGCUUAUACAACACUGUCAUUACUUUAUAUACUUUUGAUUGAUUUAUUGUAUGCGCUGUUGUUUUCUUUCUGGAAAAAUAAAGCAAACAUACAAACACACACAGACAGAUUUAUACACUGAUUCAUACACAUCCACACACACACACACUACAGACACAAGCAAACAGAUUAUAUUGUGUAUAACUUUUUGUGUUAUUCGUUUCUUCUAUUGUUGUCUUUUAUCAUCUUGACUUAAUUUAUCUCUUUAUUUUUCUGCGUUUGAUUUCAUGAAUCAUCCAUCUUUCUAAAGCAAACAUUUGAAUACAGAGUACUUUAUUAAAGCCAUGAUAUCUUUUUUUUUAUCUAAAACAGCUUGUGACUCACUCAUUGUUGUGGAUGUGAGUAUUUCCCUCUAAUGUGUCAUAUUUUCGAUAAAGAAAGGAAGACGAAAUUUGCAGUAUAAAAUGAUAUCAUCAUUCUAUUUCACAGGUU